UAGCCUCAACCUCCUGGCCAUUGUUGCAUUUUGGCUAAGGGCCCUUCCCCUCCUCUCUCAGCAGCCAGAGCAACAGAGUCCCAGAUAAACACCAUCAAGGGCAGCUACUUCCCCACACAGACCCAGCCUUGGGGCUGCUCCGUGGCCCAUGAACCCCAUGAACCCCAUGAAACCCGCGUUCCCCCUGACGCCGCAUGGUGAUGGUUCAUUUGCAUAUGAGUCCGUGCCUUGGCAACAAAGUGCCAACCAGCCUGCAGGGUCGCUCUCGGUGGUAACAACCGUGUGGGGAGUCAGCAACACAUCCCAGAGUCAGGUCCUGGGGAGCACCAUGGGCCCCGGAGGGAACCCUUCCAGCAGCUCCAUGAUGCCCAGCAUGGCGGGCAGCAGCUCCACCCUGAACUCAGCACAGUUCCUCGGGCAGCAAGCAUUUGCUGAGGGCAGCACCAACAAGGGCUAUGUCCAGCAGGGGGUGUAUGGCCGCGGGGGCUACCCCGGGGGCCCCAGCUUCACCACUGGGUAUGCGGGUGGCCCAAGUGGCCCGGGUGGCCUGGGCCUCCCUUCCCAUGCGACUCGGCCCUCCACUGACUUCACUCAGGCUGCCGCUGCUGCUGCUGUGGCUGCUGCCGCGGCCACCGCCACCGCCACCGCCACAGCUACAGUGGCUGCCCUCCAAGAGAAGCAGACCCAGGAACUGAGCCAGUACGGAGCGAUGGGGGCUGGACAGCCUUUUAACAGCCAGUUUCUGCAGCAUGGGAGUCCCCGGGGGCCCAGUGUGCCCCCUGGCAUGAGCCCUCCCAGCAUGGCAGGAGUGAUGGGCCCUACUGGCCUCUCCCCCAUGGGCAUGAACCCCACCCGGGCAGUGGGGAUGACACCCUUAUAUGGAGGACAGCGCCUGCCCCAGCACACACAUCCUGGGCCUGCCCAGGCCCAACCUUUGCCCCGACAGGGGGUCAAAAGAGUCUACUCCGGCGAGGUAUAUCCAGGGCAGCAGUACCUGCAAGGAGGCCAGUAUGCACCCAGCACUGCCCAGUUUGCUCCCAAUCCGGGGCAGCCCCCUGCACCCUCUCCUUACCCUGGACACAGGCUGCCCCUGCAGCAGGGCAUGGGGCAGUACCUGUCAGCCCCCGGCCCCACAGCACUGCACUACAAGUCCACAGACCAGUUCAACGGGCAGAAUACCAACUUCAAUGGCGGGAGCUUCAGCUACAACCAGCCAAGUCUGAGUGGGCCUGCCCGCUCCAUACCCAGCUACCCCAGCUCCCCACUGCCGGGGAACCCCACGCCGCCCAUGACCCCCAGUAGCAGCGUCCCCUACAUGUCUCCAAGCCAGGACAUCAAGUCCCCCUUCCUGCCUGACCUCAAGCCCAACGUGAGCUCCUUGCACCCUUCCCCAUCUGGAAAUGGCCCUUGUGAUGAGCUACGGCUGACCUUCCCAGUGCGAGACGGGGUGGUCCUGGAGCCCUUUCGCCUGCAGCACAACCUGGCUGUAAGCAACCAUGUCUUCCAGCUCCGUGACUCUGUCUACAAAACACUGAUGCUGAGGCCUGACUUGGAGCUGCAGUUCAAGUGCUACCACCAUGAAGACCGACAAAUGAACACCAAUUGGCCAGCAUCCGUGCAGGUCAGCGUGAAUGCCACACCACUCACCAUCGAGCGUGGAGACAACAAGACCUCCCACAAGCCCCUCUACUUGAAACACGUGUGCCAGCCAGGCCGGAACACCAUCCAGAUCACUGUCACGGCCUGCUGCUGCUCCCACCUGUUCGUGCUACAGCUGGUACACCGCCCGUCCGUCCGCUCCGUGCUGCAGGGCCUUAUCAAGAAGCGUCUCCUGCCGGCUGAGCACUGCGUCACCAAGAUAAAGCGCAACUUCAGCAGUGGCACCAUCCCAGGUACCCCUGGGCCCAAUGGAGAAGACGGGGUGGAGCAGACAGCCAUUAAGGUGUCCCUGAAGUGCCCCAUCACCUUCCGCAGGAUCCAGCUGCCUGCCCGUGGCCAUGACUGUCGGCACAUACAGUGUUUCGAUCUGGAGUCGUACCUGCAGCUCAACUGUGAGCGGGGGACUUGGAGGUGCCCCGUCUGCAAUAAGACAGCCCUGCUCGAGGGACUGGAGGUGGACCAGUACAUGCUGGGGAUCCUUAUCUACAUCCAGAACUCUGACUACGAGGAGAUCACCAUCGACCCCACGUGUAGCUGGAAGCCGGUGCCUGUGAAGCCUGACUUGCACCUGAAGGAGGAGCCCGAUGGGCCAGUCCUGAAGCGCUGCCGAACUGUGAGCCCGGCCCAUGUGCUCAUGCCCAGCGUCAUGGAGAUGAUCGCUGCCCUAGGCCCCAGCGCCACCCCCUGCACUCCCCUGCAGGCUGCCUCAGGCCCUGCACCCGCAGACUAUCCUAGCCAGGGUUCCAGCUUCUUGGGACCAGGGAAUUUUACUGAGUCCUUCCCACCCACUACACCCAGCAGCACCCCAACACUUCCUGAGUUCACCCCAGGGCCACCACCCAUCUCCUAUCAGUCUGACAUUCCCAGCAGCCUCCUGACUCCAGAGAAGUCUGUCUCCUGCCUCCCCGGCCAGAUGGCACCAGCAGGCCACCUGGACCCAGCCCACAAUCCUGGGCCACAGGGACUGCACACCUCCAACCUUGGGCCACCCCCUGGGCCACAGCUGCUCCAUCAGAAUCCUCCCCAGCCAUCCCGCCUACCCCUGGGCCAACCAAGCUCAGGUCCUAGCAGUGAGCUGGCCUUUAACCCCACCACUGGUGCGAUGGGGCCCACCAGCAUGUCUGCAACUGGAGAAGCCCCGGAGCCAGCUCUGGAUCUGCUGCCAGAACUGACCAACCCCGAUGAGCUACUGUCGUACCUGGGCCCGCCGGGCCUGCCCACCAACAGCAAUGAUGACCUGCUGUCCCUCUUUGAGAACAACUGACCUGUGGUAACCCUGCUCAGCUGGGUUAGGCUGCCUUCGCGCCACCUACCACCCCUUCACAUGUGCAGCUGCCUGACCCAAGCCUUGGAAGGGGAAGUGGUCCUGGGGACAGUCGGGGCUGCCAGUGGGGCAGCCAGACCCUUCCCACCCUACCAUCAAGGUCCCUGCUAUGAAAACGGUUUUGUUGCAGUGCCUGCCCUGGCCCCACCUUGUCCUUCCACCGAUGCCUGCUACUGCCCACCCUGCAUUUUAUCCCAGUGUUGGCCCUUCUGUUGUGAUUCCUUCAUGACUCGGACAGAGCCCGCCGUCCACCAGGCCUGUGGGCUCCGACGGCUCCUUGGAAGCCUCUGGAAAUGGGAGCAUCAUCUAGAACCACACAUACUGGCCUCCUAGAGGGCCAGGCUCUUCGACUCCAUCGCAUCUAUGGUGUCCUGGCCACUCGGCCCCACCCUAAGCUUUCAGGCCAGAGGCAUAAGGGUGGGGAGAAAGGGAUUCAAGCACAACAGUGUACAUAAUAGUGUGGAAACACUAAAGGCUGGGGGAAAGCUACAUGGAGCCCAGAUGCCUGUGUGCUCUCUGCUCCUCUGGGCAGACAGCUGGGGGAGGGACCCAGGCUCCAGUCCUGGUUGGGCGGGUGGGGUCUCUGCUCUCUUUCCAAGUCCCCUUUUCCAAGAAAGUGAAGAAUUAGUACCUCCCUGUUUUUUAAAACCAUCUUUCCUGAGUCCACCCUGUGGGCUAGAACCCAGGGUGGGGAGCGGAAAGCCAUUGCAUCCUGUUGGCCUGGGGCCCACGAGCCUGCCUGUGAACCGGGCGCCUGUUGUGUCUCCUGUCUGUAUCGACCUCUAUUAAAGGACUCCCUUGUGCGGGC